GCAGCCGUGUUCCAGAGCGAAGGUCAGUAGUAGUUCGCAAACGCCCUCAAAGGUGCUAAAGGAUUCUGCCUGGCGCUUCGGGAUCGACAUUCGGGCAUCGGAAAUGGAUCAGUGACGACGGGCUGCCAGUGAUUAGCCAGAAAUAUCGUCCGGGGAAGAAGUGUGAAGUUGAAGUUAGAUCAAAUCAAUUUGCUCUUUUUUUUUCCUCUAUACAAAGGUUGCCAAAAAAUAUGCGACCUUCACUAGCGAAGAAUAGCGCCCGAUUAGUGCUAAGUGGGCUUUUGUGCGUUUUAAUCUGUGAUAUCGGUGGAGUGAUCGGGGCCGUAUUCAGAUCGCCCAACAGUGAUGAUGCCAUCUUCUGGCGGCAGCAGGCCGAAUCCUAUCUGAAGCGGAUUCUCCAGUACAAAUCGAAUUCGAAGGGUGGUGCAGGCGUUGCGCGGAACGUGAUCAUCUUCGUCGGCGAUGGAAUGGGAAUUGCUUCGCUCAGCACCGGGCGGAUCUUCAAGGGACAGCUGGCGGGGCGAUCCGGGGAGGAAGAGGUGCUGAGCUUCGAUCACUUCGAGAAUACGGGCUUCUCGAAGACGUACAAUACGGACCGGCAGGUACCGGAUUCGGCCGGUACGGCAACGGCGAUGUUUACCGGGGUGAAAACGAAGUACGGGUUCAUAGGGGUAGAUUACUCGGCAACGGAGACGAAUGAGGUUGCGGCGAGUGUGUCGAAUAUUAUGGAAUGGGCGCAGGCGGUUGGAAAGCGGACUGGAAUCGUAACUACGACGAGGGUUACGCACGCAACGCCUGCGGCAACGUUUGCACAUUCGUUCAACAGGGAUUGGGAAUGUGAAUCGAAGAUUCCGGCGCAUUUGAGGAGUAAAACGAAGGAUAUAGCGAGGCAGUUAGUGGAGGAUGCUCCGGGAAGUAAGCUGAAUGUGAUCAUGGGAGGAGGUAGGACAGCGUUCGGGGCGGCUAUUCCUGAUCAUCUGAAGAGUUCGUUCAGGUUCAACGGAUCUAUGGAGAAGACUUGCGUGAGGCAAGAUGGUCGCAAUCUGGUAAAGGAAUGGUUGGAUAGUAAAAAUGGGACGGCGGCGACCUAUGCGUGGAACACUGCGCAGUUGAUGAAUGCCGAGGUAGAUGAUCUUGACUACUUAAUGGGAUUGUUUGCAGAUACGCACAUGUCGUACGAGCAGGUACGGGAUACGAGUGAAGGAGGGGAGCCUUCGCUUGCGGAUAUGACCGAGAAGGCAAUCAGGGUGUUGAAGCGGAAACACUCGAAUGGAUUUGUGCUGAUGGUCGAGGGAGGAAGGAUCGAUCAUGGGCAUCAUCAGAACCAUGCUCAUUUGGCGUUGAGGGAGGUGGUUGAACUUGAUAGGGCGGUGGAGAGAACGCUGGGAAUGGUUGAUUUGGACGAUACGCUAAUCAUGGUCACGGCUGAUCAUUCACAUUCGAUGACCUUCAAUGGCUAUCCGAACAGGGGAAACGACAUCCUAGGAUUUGCGAAUCGUCCGGAUAAAUUACCCUACGAGACCAUCACCUACGCGAAUGGGCCUGGCUUCCAAACGCAUCGUAUCAACGAUAGUUCCAAUGAGCCGUCCCAUCUGGGUACGUGGAUCCCGGUGGAGACCAUGAACCGGUCUGCCAUCGACUAUCGUCACCUGUCUGCGUUCUACCUGGGUGAUGAGACCCAUGGUGGAGAAGAUGUGGCUGUGUUUGCCACGGGUCCUGGCUCUAAUCUAGUGCGGGGAACCUUCGAGCAGAAUUACAUUGCCUAUGUAAUGAGCUAUGCCGGAUGCAUGGGGCCGGCCAAGCGGAUGAACGAAGGAUGCGCAUACAAACAGUGGGUUUCGUCCGGGGCCGAAACUGCCAAGCGUGCAACUUCCCCACUGUUGAUCAGUAUUGUAUUUUUAGUGGUAGCCAAACUGUGCUACCUUUUCUAAUCAAAAGUUAGCCAAUUAACUAGUUGUAAGUUAAUUCGUAAUCUCUAAAGUACAUAUAUACAGCGAGAAUAUUGUUAAACCUAUUCGAGCGUUGAAGUUGUUCAGAGAAAGCCCGCACAAGUACCCGCCAUAAUAUCGCUUCUAAACUUGCACCCAACAUCGCAUGACAGUUUAAUCGACGUAAGUUUGGCAUAUUCAAAGAGGCGGCUUAUUGAAUUGCCCAUAUAAUGGCGAAAAAUGCCACAAUUAUAUUCCAUUUGAACCUAUAAAGGGUGGAACGGUUAAAAAUUGGGCAAUCACUAUUAAGUGCACACCGAUUAUGUUAUUGUAUAAAUUGUCAAAUUUCAUUGAUUUUCGAAGUUAAAUGACUACAAAAUGCAGGACAACUAUUUGAUUAGGCUUCCGAUUUUCCAAAUGCGAACUGUCGGGCUUUAUGUUUCACACCUUCCAUCAGAUUUUGUACCGUUGUUGUGUCAACUUUAUUUGAUACUGAACGUCAAUUUGCUUUGAACUGUUUCUCAUUUUCAACUGUUUUCUGAGUUUUGCGGAGGUUCCACUUAACGAUUGCCCAAUAUUUUACAAUUCGGUGCAGUUUGGAGGGUUUUUGUCCUUGGUUACGACUUGCACGUUGUUGGCGGUAUUCCGUUCAUGAGCCAUUUUCUCGUAGUAACAGGAAGCGAGGUCUAGCCAAAACAGCACGGAAUAACUGUGUUUCUUAAAAAAAAGCAACAAAUCAAGUAUUUUUUUGGAAACAUUGACAACUUUUUCUGCUUAAACUUAUCUUGAACCUUUCUUUUUCCUGUAGCCGUGUAAACUCUAAACCUGGGAGCUGCUUGAAAUCCACCUUGAUA